UUCUCUUUUAAGUUAACACAAAAAAAUAUGUGUUUUGUUUGUGCAAAGUUCUUCGUUUCAGUGAUUUGUCGGUAGAAAGCUUGCCUGUUGUGAUUGUUCGUAUAGGCCUAUGUUUUUGUUUUUCAUAGCUUUGUAUAACAAGGAAUAUAUAUGUAUAUUUUUUAGACGUAGCCGGCAUUUGGGACAUUUUAUUUUAGGUUAACUUCACUGUUGUUUUAAAUAUUUUAGUUAGGAAGAAAGCGAUGUUGUCUCUGAGGGUUGUCGUUUUCGCCAGCCUAGCUUUUGCACUAGCGGCACAAGAUUUUGAUCUUUUUGAUGCGCUCGAUGAUGCAGUCCCCACAAAACCUCCAGUCAAACCUGAAAAGCCAAAGGAGCCUUCAAAUGAACUGGACCUUGGGGAUGCCCUUGGUGGAGAAACACACCCGCAGCCUACAAAGCCAGCUGCCAAGCCACCCCCACGUGACAAAGGCAACUCAGGCUUCGAUUUGUCUGACGCUCUUGGUGGAGGAGAUUCCCAGCCAAAAGAUCCAGACCGAAGGCCUGUGCCAGGUGGCACCAAUACAGGUUCAGGUGGAGACUUUGGUCUGGACGACCUGAAAGAUGCUGUUGACGGUGGUUACAAGCCAGAUGAUAACAAAGGAAGACGUGCAGGUGGCUCUUCAGAUACCAACGCGGGUGGAGAUGUUCAAGACAACCCAUGGACAGAGCUCCUGGAGCUACUAAGUGCUAAUAUGCCAGAGCACGUCCUAAUCUGGAUAAAGAAUUUACAACAAGUUGUUGAGCCACUGAAAAAACAUCUCUUGGAGAUACUCAAUGUUGUCAUUAAUUAACGUGAAUGUAUAGGAGGCCAACUGUCACUUUAAAUUUAAUAUUUUGGAAGCUGUACAUUUUUACCACAACUUUUUCUGUGAAAUGUUGUGGUUAUCUGGGUGGGCCUCUUGUUAAAUUGUGGGUGUAGCAGGGAAGUCUAGAUCAUCCUAUUCCAGUUUUGUUUUUUUCUCUCUCCUCUUUAGAAAACAAAGCACAGCUUUAAUCUAGUGUGCACACGUUUGUGGUUCAGGUUAACCUUUUUGUAUUCUAUAACAAGUGUCGGGUAGUUUGUUCAAUGUAAACAGAUCAUGUGUAUUAAAGGUUAGUAUCCUGGGUUUAGCAGGGUUUUUUAUAUUUACAAGACUCCCUUUGCAAAACUAGUUUUAUAAAAGUAGCCUGAGGCAUUAUGUAUUUAGAAGUUACUUUGCUGAUGUCACGACCACAUAUGGCAGCAGAAGUCUGCUUCAGAAAGUAUUUUGUCACCAAAAUGGCUGUCGAAUACAACCUAUAAAGCUACAUAAAUCCACAUAAAUUUGUAGUAAUGUGUUUAUCAAUCAUCUUACCUGAGAUUGGAGCUAUAUUACCAUUUAAACAUGUUAAGUCAGGGUUCCCCCCCCCAGGCCUUUUCAGCUGGGCGAACUGCCCGGCUAAGUGACUGUCGACGCCCAGCUGAACAACUCCAAUCCGCCCUGUGCCUUUAGUGAUAAGGAUUGAUAGUGCUGCUAGCAGACUAGAUCACUUGCACACGCUGGGUGGGAAAAAAAAGAAGAAAUGUUGAAACCACAUGACAGCUAAAUGUGGAAAUUACCAAACCUAAAUGGAUGAUGAAGAAGAAAAUGUAGAAAAUGAAAAAGAGCAGCCUGAUUUUAUAGUCAACAAAGAGCAACUUGUAGAAAGCAAAUUGGAAGGGGCCAAUGCGUUAAAAAAAAAAAAAAAAAAAAAAAAUAGUUGUGAUAGUGGAUACAAUAUGUGGGGCGUGCUCCUCUUGUGUAGUAGUGACACUUGGUGCAACAGUCAAACCUAAUUUUCUAGUAUUCACUUUAUGUGCACAAGCAGUGCCUGGGUGAGAGGGGGGUUCCAUAUUUGCUCUGGUGAUAUAGAAUGCCUUCAGUAGUUUUGAAGUUCUUUUUUCUGUGAUGUCAUCAAAUCUGCCCCCUUACGUGUUUACAAACAGAAACGUGGAAGCAAUUAACUAGUUUAGAGUUUGAUAAAUACAGCAAGUAUAAUGAUGCAGACCAUUGAGAAGCAAUUACAGCCCAAUCAAGAUAAUAAAUAAAUCCAAUACUACUGUCUAAAGCUCGGCAACAAAACUGAAUGCAAACAAAGAUAAUGUACUGUUUGCAGUUAAGUAAAGACUGUGUGUGUUUGUGUAAUGUUAUAGAGAGAGAGAGAGAGAGAGAGUUCUUCUCCCAGUACUAGAAUUGCUGAGGUACUUUUACUGUAGUUCAAGUACUGUGUUUUACACUAAAAACAUUUGUUUUGUGAUCAUGCUUUCUGAUAACUUGACAGGUAGUUGUACUUGUUUAUUUCUAAAGUUUGGGGAAUUGCUUCUUUCUGUACAGUUGCCUUGUUGUGAAGUGUUUUAAGGAAACUUGUUUUCAGCGAACAUUUUCCCCUCUAGUCAGUAUCCCUCUCGCUCUAGUCACCAUGAUGGAUGCUUUGGUUUCUAUCAAGAAACCGGGUUAUGCUAGGAGGUGGGGCCUUAUGAAAAAGUACCCUGGAAGUGGUUUCAGUGGCAAUUCAUUGCUAUAGCAUUGUUCUUUUACUUUUUGAAUCUACCGCUAUUGCAUUCUAAAGAGAAAUUAUGAAUAUAAACAUUUCAUGUUACUUGUAAAACUAAGCCUCAAACUGUUUAAUGUCACAUAAUCCAGUAAGUUCAGUAAAACAAAUGCUACUUUUACUCUGAGUUUCUCUUAAAUGUAUAUGCUUUUAAGUGGCAGCUCUGCUUUAUUUAUAUCUACAUUGAAGCUGCAUCCACACUGGACAGAGUGACUUGAGUGAAGUCGCCAAAUGUCAAUCCACACCAAACGCGAAUUAGAAACGAUCCAAAAGACUGGAAAUAAAUACAUGACCCCACCCGUGCAUUCCUAUUGGACAUACUAGAGAGGGGCUGUCCCAUUACAAAACAGGUCUUGUUUGGUUACCACCGUGAUCUCUGGCAACUCCCUUGUAAAAUAAACUGUUGAACUGAAUUUUCAACAAAAUUAUUUUGUUAUACGAUUUAUAUAUACAACUUACUGCAGUCUUUUUUGAUUCUUUACAAAUUAUAACUUUGAUCCUUCUUGUUUUUAACUUUUUAAAAAGUAUUUUAAAGUGCAUAAUUAUGUUUUUAGUUAAGCACUACAUAUUUACCAUUACUGUUAAAAUCUGUGUUAUGCGCAGGUCACCACUUACCUUGUAUUUACUUUUAUUUAGUUUUUUCCUUUUAACAAGUCCGGUGAAUUUGACAAAAAAUGCUUUUAUAAAUAUGGCUCAAUCUUCAAAACUAUGAAAAAACAUAUUGCUGGCUUUGUUUUUGUGUAUGUUGGGGGUCCUAUUACAUAUAGUGUAGGACCUCUGAUAUUUGUUUCUUUGGUGAAUCUUCACAAAACUUUGCUUUUUGCGUACGUAAAGACUUGUUAUGGAUUUGUGCCACAAAAUGUAGUUGAUCAUAAAAACAAAGAAACAAACCAAAAAAAAAAAAAAAAAAAAAGCCAUAGCUUAAAAGUAGGUCACAUGUUCAAGUUGUGUGAAUGUGUGGGUUCUUUUUUGUCUCAACUUUUAAAAGCCAGCAGAUGCGCACAAUUCAUUUAAAUGCUGGAUAUGUAGACUGCAUGUAUGCUCCAGUUUAUUUUUGCUCAUUAAUAAACCUAUUUUUGUGCAACUUGCAUAAUAGGAAAGAAAAAAACAUGCAAGCCACCCAGGCAUUGUCUUUCUUCAGGAUGUCUUUGUAGUUGUUCAGUUUGCAAUCAUAUAAUAAUGGAUACUGCUGCACCUCAUAAAUAAACUUUGUCUUCCAUGAUUAAUUUGUUUUGAGGCGUGUAUUUGACUUGUGUCAAGGGUGUUUACCUUAACUGGAUUAGUCAAUUUCAUUCUAGUUGUGAUGGGAAAAAUAUUCGCUUACAUCAAGUUUGGAUGCAGUUUAAACCUUAUUUUGGUGGUUUGAAGAUAGACAAUUUGUGGGUUGUUUUUUUUUUUUUGUGGCUGGUCAUAGAUAUCUGUCCUUUUUACAAUAACAUUUGAAGUGUGUUGGUAAAUGUGACUUGUUUCAGGUAAAUGUUUUUAAAGGAACAGAUUUGUAAUUUCCUAUUCUGAUUUGUUUUGAAUUAAAAGAAUACGUCUUGUAAAAUGUCUAAAUAAAGUGAAAUACAAUAAUAAUAAUAAUAAAAAAAAACACAGGACAAGGGACAAUUAGUUUUUUAAAUGUAUUUUGUGAAUAAGUUGUACACUGUACAAUAAAUGUAUCUUAGUAAAAUAAAAUAUUUUUGCUCCCCCUGAAAAA